CAUAACUGCUUGUGGUAGGGGAUUUUAAACGAAAAAGGUCUUUCCGUGAUGGUUGGUGUCUACUUACACUGCAGCCUAUAGUGAACACACAACAUUACCUGAACGUAGCUGAUUCAUGUACACUAUACUAAAAUAUAUUUUUAGAUAGGCAUGAUAUGAAGUUCGAGGCAUUUAGUUUCACUACCAGUACGUACAAGUUGAUAGUUUGGUGUAAGCGUUAAUUUAUUGUCAGUAAUACUAAACGCGAGUAACUGUUCAUUGUACCUAUCCGAAAAUAUCUUUUUGUUGUGUAUACGUCGGGUCAGCAUAGUAGGGAGAUAAUUAGUUUUAACAAACGCCGUUCAAAGCAACAGAAGUUAAAGUUUUGUACAGCUGCUUUUGAUUCGCCAAUAAAAGUAUAUACAUGUAUAUUAAAAAAGUUAAUUGAAAAAAUUUUAAUAUGAUGAAUCCAACAACAGUGCAGCUUAUACAAGUUCUUGAAAAAACAGUAUUGCCAGAUAAUGUUGAACUAGAAAUCGCUCAAAACUUUUUGCAUCAUGCUGCACGGUCUAAUCUGCAUGAGUUUGUUAAAACUAUGAGUGAAGUUAUCGUAAGCACAGCUGCAAGCACUAAUGCUCGAAUGGCAGCAAGUUUCCAGUUAAAAAAUCAGCUUUGCUCUAACGAGUUCAAACUAAAACAGCAAUAUCGACGAAGAUGGCUUACAUUCCCCACGGAUACAAGAGAAUACGUAAAAAAAAAUUUAUUAGAAGCCUUGGGCACGGAAACGAAUCGACCAAGUUCAGUUGCGCUGUGCAUAGCACACGUAGCUGCUGCUGAGCUCUUAGUCGAUCAAUGGCAAGAACUGAUUCCACUAUUGGUAAAUAAUGCAACUAAUCCGAAUAGCACUGAAAGAGUGAAGGAAGCGACUCUUGACGCGAUAGGAUAUACUUGUGAAGAAAUAAAAUGUGAUGCUGUAUUUUCUCAGUCAAAUCAGAUCCUUACAGCUAUUGUCAAUAAUAUGAGAGGAUCUGACACAUCGAUGCGUUUACGUUUAUCUGCUACAAACGCUCUCAUCAAUUCACUUGAAUUUGCAGAAAGUAACUUUGAAAUCGAGUCAGAAAGAAAUUUCAUAAUGGAAGUUGUUUGUCAAACGACACAAUCAACAGAUAUAGAAAUAAAAGUAGCUUCUUUACAAUGUCUUACUGAGAUUGUUAUACUUUACUAUGAGUAUAUGGAACCGUACAUGGCACAAGCACUACUUGGGAUUACUUUAGAAGCAAUGAAAUCCAAUAUUGAUGAGGUUGCGUUACAUGGAAUUGUAUUCUGGAAUAGUGUUGCUGAAGAAGAAUUAAGCUUAUCGAAGGAAGGCAGUGAAAUUUUUGAAGAUGAUCUUUCUCUUUCGAGUAUAUCAAGACACUAUGCCAAAGGAGCUUUGCAGUACUUGGUUCCUGUGCUGACACAAAAAAUAGUUGAUCAAGUUGAUUUAGACCAUAAAAAUAAUUCGAUUUCUAAAGCAGUAUGCGAUUGUUUGAAGUCACUGGCUUCUUGUUGUGGAAAUGUUAUUUUUCCAUGUAUUUUUCCUUUUGUAGAAUACCAUUUUAAAAAUUCUGAUUGUCAUUACCGUAACGCUGCUUUAAUAGCCUUCGGUUGUAUUCUGAAGGGUCCAGAAUAUCACUGUACAAGACUUGUUGUGGAACAAAUCAUGCCAAAUUUGAUCGAAUUGAUGUACGAUAGUAGCGUUUCCAUUAGAUGUACAGCUGCAUGGACUCUAGGAAGAGUUAUUAAGACAGUUCACGAGGUUGCUAUUAAUAAAAUAUACUUGAAAUCUGUAUUAGAUUCAUUGAUCAAUGGCUUAAAAGCAGAGCCUAGUAUAGCUGAAAAAGUUUGUAAAGUUCUCAUUCUCCUCGCAAGGGUGAGUCAUAAAUUUGACAACAGCGAUGAAACUGGUGAUCAGUCUGAAACAUACUUCAUGUCCGACUACUUUAACACAAUAAUUCAGCAAUUGUUAGAAAUAACUAAUCACUCUGAUGGACCUACAUAUUUAAGAUCUUUAGCUUACAAUGCAAUGAUAGAAAUCAUUAGGGGGUCGCCUAGAGAUUGUUACGUUACUGUACGAAAUACAAUAAUGGUCAUAAUAGAACGACUUCAACAGGUUAUUCAAGUGGAACCUUACGUCCAAAACUAUUCUGAUCAAGUACAAUGUAUUAAUAUUCAAGUACUUUUAUGCAAUACUUUGCAAUCGAUUUUAAAGAAAAUUUCUGUUGACGAUGUUUGUCAAAUUUCAGAUACGAUAGUAAGUAUAUUGGUAUCUAUCUUGAAGUCAAGUUCAUGUAAACCAGGAGAUGUUCUCGAAGAAGCUUUCACGAUAAUAACUACACUUGUAGAAAUUUUGGGUGAAAAGUUUAUGAAAUAUUUUGAAGUAUUCAAACUUUUUUAUUGUAUUGGACUUAAAAAUCAGACAAAGCCUCAAGUUUGUACCAGAGCUCUUGAUUUUAUCAGAGAAAGUUUUCGUGCCUUAAAAAGUAAGAUGCUUCCAUAUUGCGAUGAAAUAAUGACUCUAUUGCUAGAGAUCCUUACUAGUGACGAUGCCGUUUAUUACUCAGUCAAACCACAAAUAUGUUCUUCUUUUCUUGAUAUCGCUUCCAACAUUGGAUCAGAAUUUGAAAAAUAUCUUAAUGUGGUCUCACAUGUACUAGUGCAAACAUCACAUACAGCUAUCGAUACUACAGAUUGUGAUAUGGUUGAUUAUUUGAAUGAGUUGAGAACAGGAAUACUCCAGGCUUAUACAGGAAUCGUUCAGGGACUUUGUGGUACUGGAUCAGUCCCAAAUCAUAAAGCAGUCCUAGUUGAACCAAUUGUUCCAAGUAUUUUAGAAUUCAUAAAGACAAUAUCUGAAGAUUGUAGACAUUCAGAUGAAAAUAUUCAGGCUUCCGUAGGACUUCUGGUUGACUUACUAAACGUUUUCGAAUCCAAAUUCAUAUUAAUGGUAGAUAUACAGCCAAUAAUGAAUUUAAUAAAUGAAGGAUGCCAAUCACGUUUUAAGGGAACAACAAGAUCAGCUAAAUGGAUCAAAUAUGAAGUUGAAAAUCUACAACGUUUACAGAAUGCUGUAUAGUCCAUUGGUAAAUAAUAUUUUUAUGAUUUUUGAAAUAUGAUGUAAUCAUUCGUAAAAAUUUUAAUUUAUUUUUGUACCUAAAACGUCUAUGAAAAAAUUUUUAAUAUUUUUAUAUGUAAAACCUAAUGUUUUAUCAAUUAACUAUUAUGUCUUAAAUGUGACUGAAAGAGAAUAUAGAAACUGUUGUUAUAUUAAAGCACUAUGACCAAUGUUAUUCUAAUAAUGUUAUAUCCACUCAUAAUGAUAGUCAAUAUUUGUGUAAUAAUUAAAUAAGCACUUCAAAAAUAAUUUUUAUUCAAUGUAUGACAUUUUUCCUAAAAAUUUAUUGUUUGAAAGCUUAAAAGACUGGAAUUUUAUGAUAGACUAACAUUAGAAGAAGAAUGUAUUCUAUUAAUUUUUCUUUUACAGUUAAUUGUAAAUUUUUUUGCAUGUAAUAUUACUUUCUUAUACCAUAAAAAUUGUUCAUGCCUAUGUAUUAUUUAAUAUGGAAAAAGUUGCAAAAAUGACUAUGUUAUGCAUGAAAAAGUUGAACUACUUUGGAAGAGUCAGGAUAAGAUUUUUGUAAUAAUGUUAUCAUGAGUAAGUUACAAGUAUGUACGAUGUAAUUGGUAGCCAGUUAGCCUCUGGCCCUGGCUCUGGGAAGUGCUCAGCACUACUAUUA